AUCAUUACACAAAGAUCAUGCAGUCAUGAGGGCUACUACCGUUGGAAUCUUGUCGCUCUGCUUGGUCAUUGGGCUUAGUGCCGGCGUCGUCAUGCCCAAUGGCGGUCAUUUUGCGGCACCCUUCGUACCCACCACAGAUCUAGCACAGGAACUGAUGGAGAUCUACAGUCUGAUACAGUUUAAACCGAUGAAUCAACUGCUUGUGCGUUACCUGAUCAACGACGCACAGUUCCAGGCCUUUGUGCGCAUUCUCAACAGCAAUGAAGGAUUCACAGCACGCUGGCGUCUACGGUCCCAGCCAGAAAUUGUAAUGUUUCUGCAGUGGGUGAACCAACAACUAGCUCUAUCGCGAGGCAAGUUUGAAUUGGAGGACAUGGAAAUGUGUGUGACUCUGGUGAAUCGUUAUCCCUACUGGUCGGGCACUGUCUCCGGCUGGGCAGGAUUCCUUAGCGAACUUGAGAUGUACUUCCCACAGUAUGCCAUACAGGCACACAUCCAAGCCAAGUUACAGCUGCCGGGCAUUUUUGCCGAGUUCUGGAGUCGUCUGCAGGCUCUUCAAGUGGUCUACGAACGUUGGCUCGCUAUGCCCUCAACCCAAACUGUGGUCAACGAGUUACAGGCAGCGGGCAUCGAUCAAAUCCAUUUGGAUACAUUGAUUCGUAAUCUUUUCGGCUGGAAUACAAUUAAUGGCACCACAACAGCUGCUCCAGGCACACCAUCCCUCACUCCUACGGUGGCUCCUGGUGCUGUUAUGCCACCUGGAUUGAUACUUUAAUCAGCUGUCAAUAUAUCUAAAAUAUAUUUGAAUAAUCAUUUGAACUAGCAGAAUUAACAGUUUUCUAUAAGACAAGAACUAAUCUAGGCUCAGAACUUGAGCUUGCCCAGCGAAUCCGAGACUUUUGUGGUAUUAGCCGGUGGCUUUCUGCUGUUUUUUAAUCGACGGCACUGAAGGCUUUGGCUUCUUCACGACCAUAUCCUUGUGCAGUUCCUUAAGCGUGGCAUCUACCUUCUCCUGCUUGGACUUGACAGUCUCUUUGAUCUGAAAUACGGAAAUUAUAGUAGGUUUGUUGUAAUCAGGAAUAGGGCUUGGGCUCACCUGCUUCAACUUGCCCUGCACUUCCUUUGGUUUCUUUUUGUUGCUCUUGGCAUUGUUGACCUUAAACAGGUUCUUGGCUUUCUUCGAUUUAUUUAUUGCCGGCUUUGUUGCGCCUGCUCCAGCACCAGCUGCUUUGCCGGCUCCCGAUCCCCCAGCCUUCUUGGCAUUUGCCUUAUUGCGACCCAUCUUGUGCAACUGUAAUUAUAAAGAAAA